GUUGAGGCAGCUGGAAGCGGACGUCGCGGCCGGAGCGCUGAAAGCGGAAAGCGGAAAGCUCGUCGCUGUAUUUUGGGCCGUCUUUCCCUCCUCGGCUCGACAACUUGUCCGGCGAGAGCAACGCGGCCGAGCGAGCGAGCGUUUUGCGCCCACUUUCACACUGGAAAUGUCCGAAAACAAGCCGAAUGACGAGCCCACGUUAUCGACGACGGACAGGGUGGUGAAAUCCGUUCCCUUCCCACCCAGCCAUCGACUGACGGCCAAAGAGGUGUUCGACGGCGAGGGCGAGCCCAAAGUCGACGUGCUCAAAGCCCACCUGACCAAGGAGGGCCGCGUGGAGGAGGCGGUGGCGCUGAGGCUCAUCGGAGAGGGUGCCGCCAUCCUGCGGUCGGAGAAGAACCUGCUGGACAUCGAGGCCCCGGUGACAGUGUGCGGCGACAUCCACGGGCAGUUCUUCGACCUGAUGAAGCUCUUCGAAGUGGGAGGCUCACCGGCGUCCACUCGCUACCUUUUCCUUGGGGACUACGUUGACAGAGGGUAUUUCAGUAUUGAAUGUGUGCUGUACUUGUGGGCCUUAAAGAUCCUCUACCCCAAAACCCUUUUUCUGCUGCGUGGGAACCACGAAUGUAGACAUUUAACAGAGUAUUUCACAUUUAAGCAGGAAUGUAGAAUUAAGUAUUCCGAGAGGGUGUAUGACGCGUGUAUGGACGCCUUCGACUGCCUUCCGCUGGCUGCACUUAUGAACCAGCAGUUCCUCUGCGUACACGGAGGACUUUCUCCAGAAAUCACGAAUCUUGACGACAUCAGGAAGCUAGACAGAUUCAAAGAGCCUCCGGCGUACGGACCCAUGUGCGAUUUGCUGUGGUCCGACCCGCUGGAAGACUUCGGGAACGAGAAGAGCCAGGAGCAUUUCACGCACAACACGGUGCGAGGCUGCUCCUACUUCUACAGCUACCCUGCCGUUUGCGACUUCCUACAUCACAAUAAUUUAUUAUCGAUCAUCCGGGCCCAUGAAGCGCAGGAUGCUGGAUAUCGCAUGUACAGAAAGAGUCAGACCACUGGCUUCCCAUCCCUGAUCACCAUCUUCUCUGCACCCAACUACCUUGACGUGUACAACAACAAAGCGGCCGUGCUGAAGUACGAAAACAACGUGAUGAACAUCCGACAGUUCAACUGCUCGCCUCACCCUUACUGGCUGCCCAACUUCAUGGACGUCUUCACUUGGUCGCUGCCCUUCGUCGGCGAGAAGGUGACGGAGAUGCUGGUGAAUGUCUUGAGCAUCUGCUCCAACGACGAGCUGACGACCGAUGAGGAGCUGGAUGGACAGCUAAUUUAUCCCCCCAAAAAAGGUGCCACGGCUUCUGCACGCAAGGAAGUCAUCCGCAACAAGAUCCGCGCCAUUGGGAAGAUGGCCCGGGUAUUCUCUGUGCUCAGAGAGGAGAGCGAGAGCGUGUUGACGCUGAAGGGCCUCACCCCGACGGGCAUGCUACCCAGCGGCGUGCUGUCCGGAGGCAAGGAGAAGCUGCAGAACGCUACUAUUGAAGCUAUUGAGGCAGACGAAGCCAUCAAGGGCUUCUCGCCCCAGCACAAGAUCACCAGCUUCGAGGAGGCCAAGGGCCUGGACCGCAUCAACGAGAGGAUGCCGCCGCGACGGGACGCGCUGCCCUCGGACGCCAGCCUCAACUCCCUCAACAAGGCGCUGUCCUCGGAGACCAACGGCACGGACAGCAAAGGAAGCGCCAGCGGCGGCGGAGGCAUCCAGUAGAGGCCCUCUGGCACGCUGGGCCGCGGGGGAGGGGUGAGAGGUCGGCGGGGGGAGUGGGGGUAAGGCAUGUAUGGGUCACGCUGGGGAGGUGGGUGUCAUGUCACUUGCUAGUCUUUGGAUAUGCCUUCAGAUUAUUGCUAAAUUAUUGCUCAAAGCGCUGGGAGGCGCCCGUGCGCUUGGUUGGACGGCGUUCCGCACGCAGUAUGCGAGAGAGAGAGAGAGAGAGAGAGAGAGAGAGCGGAUGGCUAUUUUUCUUUUCUUCUUGGAAAACCCUUGCUUAUUUACCUUCUUACUAACUAUUGUACGUUUACAAAAACACAGCACUAAAAAGGACAGAACAUGAGAUGCCGUUUUUAAAAAUGUAAGGGUGUACAAACUAAUUAAGAACUAUUUAUUGAUUUUUUUUUUCUCUCUUAAAAUAGCUCUGAAAUAAAUUAGGCAGUCUUAAGAAGAAUGUUGUGGAAAUGCCAAAUAAUGGAACGUUUUAUGGUUAUGUACAUAUUACGCUUACCUCAGGUUCUUUUGGUGUGUGCUUUGACCUGAUUUUAAAUUUUUGUUUUUUUCCUUCUGUAAAAUGGCUCAACAACUCGACAAUGAAUACCUAUUUUCUUGAGUUUCAUAACUGGAAUUUACAUUUACCUAUCAUUUGCUAAUACGUUUGCUUGUCUCUUUGUUUUUGGAAGGGAAAGUUAGAUUUAUUCAGGCAGGCUUGUUGGAAAUGAGUGUUCAUUUUCUCUUUUUUAAGUAUUACGAACAAAGGAAGAGUAGGAAAACUAUAUUGUGUGAAAAGAAAAAAAAGAAUAAAGCGUCUGCCUAUGCAUGUUUUAUAAAAGUCAAAGAACUGAAAAAGAAAUUCUGAAUGAUAAAUAUUUGAACUAUAUUGCUCUUUCUCGAACAUACACACUACUGGAAAUAUUUACCUGCAUAUUUUCAAUGAACACCACAAUGCGCUAUGCCUUCUUUUUUGAGAUGACGACGACUCCUGUUUUUAAGCGGCGCUUGUACGUGCACACAGUCCAAUUAAGCAUGUUUGACAAAUCUUGUGAGGUGUGUGGUUACAACGUGGAGCUGAAAAAUGCAUGAUUAGCCGUUCUUGUCAUAGAAGAGGUUUCAAAUUUUAAGGAAAAAAACAAAAAAACAUUGCUUUUGUUCAGUUUUGUAAAUGUGCCACAGAAAUUGUCAUUUGGUUCUUCAAUUCUAAUGAUUAUUGUUAUUAUUUGGAACUCUGCUUUGUAUAUCAGUUACAGGUUUGAUACUGCUCAAUACUUUAAACAAAAAUAUGUGGAUCUUUUUUAAGAAACUGCUUAAGUGCCCGAGUAAUUCACUACACGACAUGAAGCCUUGCUUUUUGUAAUUUAACUUCAAAACUGUUGGCAGAUGAGGCAUGCACUUGCAACUAUGAAAAACUAGUAUUUUAUAUAACUGUUCAAUAAAACUGUGCAUGAAUUUCAA